AACCUGAAAUUGUUGGAUUUAUCGGAAAACAAUCUGACCCACCUGCCCAAGGGAUUGCUUGGGGCACAGGCUAAGCUUGAGAAACUUCUGCUCCACUCGAACCAGCUCAUUUCUCUGGAUUCGGGGCUGUUGAGUAACCUGCGCGCCCUGCUGGAGCUGCGGCUCGAUGGAAAUCACAUCCGUUCCAUUGCACCCGGUUCCUUUGAUCGGCUCCGAAGCCUGAGCUUUUUGACUCUUUCCAGCAACCAUCUCGAGUUUCUGCCCUCGGCACUCUUUCUUCAUUCGCACAACUUGACUUUCCUGACCUUGUUCGAGAACCCGCUGGAAGAGCUCCCGGAGGUGCUCUUCGGAGAGAUGGCCGGCCUGCAGGAGCUGUGGCUGAACCACACCCGGCUGCGCUCCCUGCGGGCCGCUGCCUUCCGCAAUCUGAGCCGCCUGAUGGCGUUUGGGGUGACUCUGAGCCCGCGUCUGAGCGUGCUCCCAGAGGACGCCUUCCGGGGCCUGGGCCAGCUCCAGGUGCUCGCCCUGCACUCCAACAGCCUGGCCUCUCUCCCUGACGGCUUGCUGCGCGGCCUAGGCAGCUUGCGCCAAGUGUCGCUGAGCCACAACCGGCUGCGGGCCCUGCCCCGCGCUCUCUUCCGCAACCUCCGCAGCCUGGAGGAAGUCCACCUGGACCACAACCAACUGGAGACCCUGUCUGGCGACGUGUUUGAGGCUCUGCCCCGGCUGGCGGAGCUCCUGCUGGGGCACAACCCCUGGCGCUGCGACUGUGGCCUGUGGCCAUUCCUGGCAUGGCUGCUGCAGCACCCGGGUCUAGUGGGUCGAUCUGAGCCCCCGCGGUGCCGUGGCCCAGGGCAGCGCGCCAACCUGCCACUCUGGGCCCUGCCGGCCGGCGACCCAGGGUGUCAGGGCACCCCGGGCCCGCCUCUCUACCCUACCGCUGACAGCUCCUUCGAAGUCCCCACCCAGUCUGCACUGCCCGCGGCCUCUGUCCACCCUGCCUUGGUGCAUAACAGCUUAAAACCGGGGGCCUGGGCCCAGCUGGUGGCCAAGGACAAACGUCAAGACCAUAGCCUGUUCUGGGGACUUUAUUAUCUGCUUUUAGCCGGUCAGGCCAUAAUAACGGCAGUCAUUGUGUUCGUCAUGAUUCAACUCAGCAAGCUCUUUCGAAAAUUAAUCAGUGAAAGAAUUCUUGGUUAA